AUGUCGUGUUCUUCAAACACUCUCGGAAUAAGUUCUUUUGUGCUUUUUAAGAACCUUAGUGGAAUGCAAAAGAUUGAAGACCAAGAAAGAGAAAGGACUGAGUAUGAAAAGAAUCAUCCCAUUAAGAUUCCAGAAAAUGAGAAAGAGUUUAUCGAAGAGUAUGACAAUCUCAUCACAGAGAUUGAUACCCAAAGAAAGAAGAAUCAAGAAUGUCUUGGACAAGAAUGGAAAUACUACGAAAUACUUAAAAGAAUCACUGAAACAUAUGAGUUGGUUAUCAAAAAAAGAGAGAACCAAGCUAUCGAAACAGGAAAACUAAAGAACCAAAUAAUAGAUAGAAUGAUCGACAUUAAAGAGAAGAAACUCAGAGAAGUAGUUACAAACGAAAACACUCAAACCAAAACAAAAGAAAUAUCACAAAUAACUUUUGAAACAACAAAGAAGGAAUUAGAAGUGAUGAAAAUUGCUGGAUUAAAUGAAAUUACAUUGACAAUAAAAAACUUCAGUGAAAAGAUAUUUUACAUUAAGGCUCUUCGUAUGUUUACUAUUUUCCAAGUAAAAAGUCUUUUGGAACCUAUAUCAGGGGUUUCUUCUACAGACCAAAGAUUGAUUUGUUCAGGAAAGCAACUUGAAGAUAAGAAUACAUUAUUAGAUUAUGGAAUAACAGACAAAUCGAUUAUUUAUUUAGUUUUGAGGCAAAGAGGAGGUAAACCAGUGAUCUUAUUGUAUGAUGAUAAAAAGAAGAUAAAUGAAGCAGUGAGUGUGAACAUCAAAUUUAAUGAGGCAAUGGACAUUGGAGCAACAUAUCCAGAAAUUAAAACAAUAAAAGAAAGUGAAAAAAUAAAAGAGUAUGAAUGGAAAGGAACGUACAACAGUGAUGGAGAAAAUAACUGUAAAAUAACUGUUAAUGGAAAGGAGGUUGAGUAUUUGUUUUGGGAAGGUAUUUGUUUAAAAGAAUCUGAAUUUAAAGGGCAACAAAUUGGAAUUAGUCAACAACACUUUGAAGAAGAAUUAGAUGAGUUAUUAGAGCGUCUUGGAUUGAAUGAACGAGAAAGAAAUGAUUUUAUUGUUUAUUGGAUUACAAAGUUAGGAAAAAGAAAGUAUCAUCUUGUCACUAUUUGUGACUCAAAAUUUGACAAAGAAGUUGCGUCAUUAACAGUUAGUGGAUUUGAACAAACUCAUCGAGUUAUGUUGAAAUUUGAAGAAAUCAAAGAUCUAUGUGGAUUAGAAGGAGUGAAGAGUGUUAUGAAACGACAAAGACCAACUGGAAAGUAUGUGAUAGAAUGGGGAGCAAUUUUGGCAUGA